GUCAUGUUCUGAGUAGGCUACAAAAGUUGAUUGGCUUUGCUCCGAAUGUAUAAUGUCGGCAAAUUACUACUUUGCUAUAAUUGGUCACGCGGACAAUCCGUUGUUUGAGAUAGAAUUUAAUAAUUCGAACAAAGAUGCAAAGAAAGAAGAUCACCGUCAUCUGAGCCAAUUCAUUGCUCAUGCAGCUCUGGAUUUGGUGGAUGAGCACACUUGGAAGACGACUAACAUGUAUCUGAAAAUGGUCGAUAAAUUCAAUCAGUGGUUUGUCAGCGCUUUUGUCACAGCUACACACAUCCGUUUUGUUAUGGUUCAUGACAGUAAAAAUGAAGACGGCAUUAAAAACUUUUUUAAUGAGAUGUACGAAACUUAUAUAAAAUAUUCCAUGAAUCCGUUCUACAAACUCAACACGCCAAUCAGGUCCACGGGGUUUGAAAAGAAGGCACAACUUUAUGGCAGGAAAUACUUAUCUUCGUGAAGUCUUAUCAGUUUCAACUGAACGGAAAAUUAUUGUAUCUGAACAUUAGUAAUAGAUAAAUAAUAAAGACUCAUUGCAAAUAAA